UCUCUCUGUGCGCCUUUACGCACCACUUUACUUUGGUUUUCCGCGAGCGAACCUUUAAUGCCUGUGCGGCACGCGUAACUUCAUCUCUGCGUUUUUUUUUUGGACUUAAACAUCUAGCCAUGACUUUGUCCACUGAAUAUGACGCCUUUCACCCGAAUGUUUUGGCUCCAGAGGACGACGAGAUCGACAUUGUGGGAGAAGAUGAGCGCACCGACUUCUGCUCCUCACUGGAGUCCGACGCCUCGGACUCCUCCGGGGAGAGCGAGAACAGCUUCUGCACGGACGCACCGGCGUCCAGGAAGGUCCAGAGCAGCUCGGUGAAGCCCCCCUACUCCUACAUCGCCCUCAUCACCAUGGCGAUCCUCCAGAGCCCGCAGAAGAAGCUGACUUUGAGCGGCAUCUGCGACUUCAUCAGCAACAAGUUCCCUUACUACAAGGACAAGUUCCCGGCCUGGCAGAACUCCAUCCGGCACAACCUUUCUCUGAACGACUGCUUCAUCAAGAUCCCGAGGGAACCGGGGAACCCCGGCAAGGGCAACUACUGGUCUCUGGAUCCCGCCUCCGAGGACAUGUUCGACAACGGCAGCUUUCUCCGCAGGAGGAAGCGAUUCAAGAGGAGCCCGGGUGAAUUCGCCAAAGACGGACUUCUCUUUUAUUCCGGCUGCUACAGACCGUACGGACAGCCGUAUCCAGUCCGUGGGCAAAUAAGUCCUCCUCCCGCUGCGCCUCUCCGCUACAUGCCAAUGCAGGAUGGACUUGUAAUGGCUCCAUCGUCCUACCACAUCCUGCCGCAAACUCUCUGCAAGACCAGCGGACCUGACAACAUCACCAGAACCUCCGCAGCCAAGCCCAGCUCACAGUCCAAGUGCUCCUUCAGCAUCGACUCCAUCAUCGGUAAACCCGCUCCCAAAACCCCCCAGAACCAAAACCCUCAUCUUGGAUUCUCCUCUCUCCUGCCGGGUCACUCUCCCUAUUUGGUUCCGACUCUCCUGCAGCCUCAAGUGUCUCAGUUCUGCCCCCCUGGGUCCAUGUUGGGAACAGCUCCGAUACUCAACGAGCACCUCAGACUUUACUGCUGAGCAAAGAACGGACACUUUUCUUGAUUCAUUUCUUAAAGAAAUACCCUAAACGCAUGAUAUUUAUGUGCUUUAUCUUUAACAUCAAGUGUUUGUAAAUAAGAUUUUGUGGUAAUAUAUCCGAAAAUCAAUGACUGAAUAUGGAAAACGGUGACUGUAAGUUAUUUUAUGACCAAUAUUUAUCUUGUCUUCAUCAAUGUCGGACCGGAUUUUGAAGAAAUAAAUCUUUAUACAAAUGUGGAAUUCUUUUUUUGAGGUCGUAAUUUUUUUAAAUGUUGAUUUUGCACUUGUGUUGUUGUGAGUAGUAACCUAAUUACUGGCACAAAAGCGCCGC